AUGGCGUUUCUCCUACUAGCCGUCGCAACACUAGCGUUGCUGUGGCCUCUUGGCUACUUGUACAAUUUGGUCAAGAACCUUGCCGCGGCUCGUAGAAUCGGAGUUCCCAUCGUAGUGGUCCCUGUGAACCAAUCCAGCCUAUGGUGGCUACUGAUUGCGCCUUCCCAGAAGCUUCGACUUCAGCGACUUCUACCGAGGAAGAUCUGGGAGCGAAUCGCCAUCGCCAUAUUUGGCUUCGAGUUUCACGAAAAAUUACGCCCGUUCGAGCAGUAUGCAACAGCACCGGGCCAGGAAAUGGGGAAGACUUAUGUGCUAGUCGGGCUUGGAUGGCGGUUGGACUUAUGGACCACGGACCCCCACGUCACCCAAGAGAUUCUGACGCGUGUUCGUGAUUUCGAGAUGCCCAAGGAGAUGAAAAUCCCCAUGGGCCAGUUCGGACCUAAUAUCCUCAUGAGCAAUGGAGAUGAAUGGCAGCGGCAUCGUCGGGCAAUCACUAGCGUGAUCGAUGAGCGAGUCUCCAAAAAUGCGUUUGAGGAGUCCAUACGGCAGGCCCGUCACCUCCUGGAUGAUGUUUUCGCCAACCGGCAACUCGAGGGAGAUAGCGUGGCUGAUACGACCGCCCUCUUCGACAUGCUCAAGACUGUGACGAUCAACGUCCUUCUCGGGGCCGGUAUGGGCCUGCAGACGACCUGGGGAAAGCAAGAGCCAGAGGAUGGCUAUGAGCUGGACCACCGGGAUUCUCUUGUCACCGUCGUCAGUAACAUCGCUGGGCCUGUCAUGUUCCCCUCCAAGGUGCUUCGACGCUGGCCGUCUUGGCUACCUGGUCAUGCCAGGAACGCCUUCGUCGAUCGCAGGCCCCCCAGUACGGAACCACCUCCAAGCAAUAUCCUGAGCAAGCUCGUCCAUGCCUCGGAAAAUGGCAAGGGACUCAACGAGCCCGAGCUGGUCGGCCACCAGGUCAUGUUGACGGCCGCUGGGUUCGAAUCGACAUCCACCACCUUGGCCUUCGCCUUGGUCCUGUUGGCCCGGUACCCCCAAUGGCAGGAAUGGGUCUUCGAGGAAGCCGACGAGCUGAUGCCUGCGAAUACCGACGAUGUGCCCCCAGACUACUCGACCCACUUCCCGCGCGUGACUCGCGCGCUCGCGUUCAUGCUUGAGACCAUGAGGCUCUACCCGCCCGUGCCUAAGAUGCACCGCGAGGUCAAUACACCGCAGACGCUCCAGACCUCCAACGGGCAAAUUCACCUUCCUGCGGGCAUUCGCAUUAGCGCAAACACCAUCACCCUCCACCUUUUGCCGGAGUGGCGAGAUCUCAAUCGCCAAUCGGAUCCGUCGUUCUUCCAGCCCGACCCUACGAUGCCAGAUGAAUUUGUUUUCCGACCGUCUCGGUGGAUCAACCCCCCAGGCUCUGACCAUGCAGUCUUCCACGCUCCGAAGGGCCUGUUCAUUCCCUGGGGCGCCGGCCCUCGAAUUUGCCCGGGUACCCCCCUAGCCGGGGAGCAACCGGCAGAUACUGAGAAGCGCCUCGCCCGUCGGCUGACCGAUAGCCGCUGGGUCACCGUUCUUCAGAUGAAUGGCGUCUUUGAUCCUAAAGAAGAUGAAGCAUUGAGCAUGAGAUUGGCGAAGCGUGCCGCGCCAGCCUGA